CUACCUGCAAAGAAAUGUUGUAGCCUACAGGUAGACCACCACCAUGUGGUAGUAUAUAAGGAAUGUAGACCUACAAUCUGAUAGGAAAGGUGGAGGUUCCUCCUCAUUGCUUACAAAAGUGUAAAAGAUCAGAUUUGAAACAAACAAGGUAAAUAGUGGUGAUUCAGAACCAUGGCCAGCGACAAUCAGAAUUCCGAUUCAGCACCUGUACAGCGUGGACUGCGACAAUGCAAACGAAGGAUGUUUGCCCUUCAACUCGCCGUUUCCCAAACUCAGUCCUCGGGACUCCCAAGGGGUGCACGAUGUUUGUCCUAACACUACAUAGCUGAGUCAAAUGAUCAAAGCUUGAUUGAUAGUUAAUUAUUGAAAUCAUCUGUGAAGUGUUAGGGCAAAAACCAAAAGGUGCACCGGAACACCGAUUUUGUCAAACCCUGCCCUAACUAUUUGAUACGGACUCAGAAGUCAGGGCAUUCAUACUUCUUGCGGUUCAAUGCGGAGCUAUAUGGAGCCCUCUGCAUUGUUACAACAUUUGAGAGGCAUGGCGUGGCUCUGGAGGCAUCACAACUGCAUCACACCAUCCUUAUGGCGCCUCCAACCACAUUUUCGAAUCUAGCAUAAAUUGGCUCAUAGUCUGAGGAUUCCCACAUUCCUAUCCACACCAAAUAUAUUUUGGUUUUGAGCUAUCAGAUGGCUUUCGCAACACACUGUUUAUGUCGACAAGUGUCCAUCAUGUCAGUGAACUAUUUUGGGUUAGAACCUAAUGGUGGUCGCAUGACGCGCGCGAUGAUAUUGUGCAACCUUUAUCAACAGCAAUGGCAAUGCCCAAAUAAAUAAACUAUAAAAUAGUAGUGAAAUUGGAGUAAAGUACUCGCUGACGCGCCAGAUAUCAAGUUUUUCGAAAACAAAAACCCGAAUUAAAAUAAUGUUAGCGCAGGUGUCACAUAUAUGCUACAUUUUGGCAAUCAAAAUUGUAAACAAAUAAGAGUAGUUUGGAGUCACAAAACGAAAUCUGCUAAGCACCCCAAAGCGGAGUAGCAACAGGAGUGCCUAUUGGCUCAGAGCUCGGCAGCUGAAAUAGCUAUGCAAACAGUUUCCCUCUCUACAUUGCUUUUUAAUUAUAGACAGGAUGCGAGUGACGACAGUCCUCCCAUCGAGACCUCAAAUGCUGGAAUAAAUUUGACAUUAAGAUACUUGAUCUUGGCUCCAGUGAUGCGACGUAAAUACGAGGUGCACUAUAAAACCUGGGUCCCCCUCUGGAACAUAAGUUGUUUACCCUGAAAAAAGGUGCCUGCUCUGGACAUAACCCUGCCCAGGCUUGACAAGAGAGGGUUCCUGUAAAAUCCAAUCCGCGGGACUUUAAAACAGAGGAACAAAAGCUAGUAUUUCGCGACAAGUGGACUGAAUGUAGCCGUGGAAGCGCAGCCGUCACCUGGCAAACAGGAUCUCAAGAAAUUCACGGUGAAUGCCUUGGCUAGACUGAAAUCAGGAUGAAUUAUCUGCCACUGCGAUAUAUCCUCAGCGAUUAACAAUAAAAUCGUCAAGGAGAAUAUUGAACAGACAGUGUUCCUCUAACAUUUCCACACCUUGGUGACCCCUUAAAGACAAAAAGCUAGGAAGUUAGGAAGUUUAAACAGAAGAAGGAAGAAGAAGUUGUUGGUGGAAGAAAAGAAAGUUGUGACAGGAAGUAAAAAGUUGCUGCACGAAGCGGCCCAAAAUGGCGGCCACCGAACUUCAGCGCGGUCUGGAGCAGGCUGGGCGGGGCUGGGGAACAGAGAGGGGGGAGCUUCUGGACAGCUUUGACUCAGAGAUGCAGGAAUGGGAGGACCAGCUGCAGGACAUGCAGAGGAAGAUAGAGGAGCUUUACAAUGAGGUGCAGGCUCGUAGAGGGGGAAAUGAUGUCACCAUGGGCAACGGCAAAACUGAUAGGAUGCACCAUGGCAAUGGCUUCUGUGACCGGCCUGGCAGCCAUAGCAACAGAACCAAGGACGACCCAAGAGCUGUUGUAGUGCCAAAUCACUGGAGCAACGGUUGUAGUCACGGCCCCAACGGUUACGGCGAACCUGUCAACCAUCAGAUUGGUGGCUAUUAUCCAAAUUGCAACGGUGCAGUGGAACUUGAAGACUUGUUGCAGGAUUAUCUUGGACAUGGUCACGGAAAGACCUGGAAGACCAACUCAGCUCUCAACAAUGUAACCCUUGUCCCACUUCUCUCUCAGCAUCUGAAAGAGAUCGCUAAAGGCAGCCAGGAUCAGUCUGUGCACCAGGAUGCAAUGAAGAGGAGGCCUGUUGAGAAUGAGAGGAUUGGUCAGGUGCGGUUUGCGGACGAGGAGGCUGAGAACAGGAAGAACAGAGUGUCACACAGAAAGAGUUCCCCCUGCAGGGACCUUAACAAGCCCCCUCAUAGACAGAGAGAAGGUCCUCCCGUACCCCCCCGCUCCACCUCCCAGGUUGCCUCAUCCGAGACUUCCCCAGCCCUCGACAGAAAGUCCCACUCCCCUGGGGUCCUUGGGGACAAGACGUGUGGUAGCCCCUCGGUCCUCAGGAAGUUUGGGGCCAUGCUCCAGAAGAACGAGGGGAAAACCCUCACUGACACCGGUGUGGUGACCAACCAGGUGCCUAUCGAGAACAAGUGUCCCACCCCCGUCUGUCAGCGCAAAGAGCUGGGCGGCAGCAGGGUGCCUGGGCGCUUGCCUGCCCAGAAAUGCCAGGCGGAUUCCAUCAUGCUUACAGUGGAGAUGGAUCCCAGCAAAGAACGAGGAUCUGGUGGGGCAGUGAGAGACUAUAGGAGAGAGAGCCAGCUUGGUGAGGGUAGAGGCACCUCAAUGGGUAGCUAUGCUCACCCUAAAGGACCCCAGGCAGGGCGUCAGAGGAGGACCGAGGCCAAAGCAAGGGCCCUCGGAGGGGCAGACAGAGAGACAGACAUUGGUCUGGUCCAGGGGGAGAGGGCCAGGAGGCCUGCAUACCAGCCUAGGGAGCCCAUACUGGACUACAGGAACUUGAGUGGGUCCCAUGUUGGAGCUCAGAGGAUUCAGAGGGGAGGGCCAGUUGCAGGUCAGAAAGAGGACGAUGGACUCAUUGAGCUACUGGAUAUGCUGGACAUCGAGCACGAGUACAACUCUAGCCCCCAAGCCGCAAAGACUGCCUACAGAAAGGACACACAGAAGGUGAGCCCAGCUGAGUUGUCCCCAGCAACCCCGUCACUGAACUUCUCUCGUCCUGCCCGCCCAGCCAAUCAACGCCCUCCAUCCAGGUGGGCUAGCUGUGCUCCCACUGCCUUGAUCUCUGCCCCCUCCGGUCCAAUGUCCCGCGCCCCAAGCCCCUUGGCACACACCCCUAGCCCCAUAGCAAGAACCCCAAGCCCCGCCCUAAAGCAGAAAUCUUUCUGCUCCUAUUUGCUCCACACCGAGACUGCCAUCAUGUGAGAGACACGUUCCCCGACCCCCUUUUAACCCCGCCUCCCCUCCCCCAAUUCAACCCCACGGGGUAUUUCUCUGGAAAUACUAAAGACUGUUCUUUCGAUCCGUCUUGAAAAAAAGUGCUUUAAGAGAUUUUCUAUGAGAUUACUUAUUAGAAUGACUUACACAUAUAAGAAACAAAAUGGUUGACUCUUAUUCAGUCUCCAGUGUUACUGUGGCCUUCCUUUCUCCUGUGCCAAACUUCUUUACUUUUUGUUUCUUUCACUCUUUUACUUCCCUUCUAUUCUUUCGUUUUCUCUUUCUUUUUUAUUGAUGAUUUUUGGAUGGCUGUGUAUAUUGCGAUACAGCAUGGCCCCCUUACUUGCGAGUGCGUGUCCCUGUGUGUGUGUGUGUGUGUGUGUGUGUGUGUGUGUGUGUGUGUGUGUGUGUGUGUGUGUGUGUGUGUGUGUGUGUGUGUGUGUGUGUGUGUGUGUGUGUGUGUGUGUGUGUGUCAAUCCUAAUGAGUGCCAUGUUGGCUUGUUUUUAAAAGCGAGUUGGCCGUGUCCUGUCACCACAGCAGCAACAUGCUAACUGUCUAUAGUGUGUUUUACUUUGUCAUAUUAUCAAAAUAACACAUUUGAAACUGUUCAAGUAACCAUAGUAAGACAUACAGUUAUGACUGUGUAAUGCUUCUGCUGUCCUUUUUUCUCUCUUGAUAAUAAAUAAACACGACAGUGCUUUAAUAAA